UCUGAUCUGCAGGAGGAGCGGCAGCAGCGGAGACACGCUUCUCUCUCACGGAUCUAUCGGAGCAUACUGGGAUUUACCCGGACCUGGGACUCAUUUAUCGGAUUAAUCUCACCGGUGCGUCUGCAGGAGGACCGAGAGACCACCGGUUGAUACUGAGAGAGCAUCGGAUUCUGGAUUCACUUUCUCACCCGGUUUAUGCAUCUUGUUUAACUGAACCAGGUCACUUAAUCCAGGUUUUCUGACCCAGGUCACUUAAUCCAGGUUUUCUGACCCAGCUGAUUCGUCUCAGUUGAUCCAACGCUGGUGCCUCCUGUGCGGCACAGCCUCCUCCAGUACCAUGUUGUUCCGCCGGUCCCUGAAGCUCCAGAAACCCUGAGCUCACACCGGGGAUUCUGACGGAGGAGAUGCCGCUGUCAGUGCCCUCCAGGCGGGACACAGAUGGCCGCUGCAGCCGGGACAGAACCGCUGUUGACGCGGACAUGGUGGACGCGGCGGAGCGGCAGCGCGCGGUGCGGGAGCGGCAGGAGGCCGCCGCGUCCGGGCUGCAGGAGCUGGAGUUUCUGCGGCAGCGGCAGGAGCGGCUGGUCCGCGGCGCGCUGGAGCUCCGAGAGGAAGAGGUGGAGGAGGAGGAGGAGGAGGAGAAGGAGACUCAGCUGAACUCCGAGGAGAAGAUCCUGGAGGAGAACAUCCUGCUGCUCAGGAAACAGCUGAACUGUUUGCGGAGGAGGGACGCCGGACUCAUCACUCAGCUGCAGGAGCUGGACCGACAGAUUAGUGACCUGCGAUUGGACACGGAGGCGUCACAUGACCAGCUGGAGAAUGACAGCAGACCCAGCUCAGGUUUCUACGAGUUAAGCGACGGGGCGUCCGGCUCUCUUUCUAACUCGUCUAACUCGGUCUUCAGCGAGUGUUUCUGCUCGAUGGCUGAAGCUGAUGGACGUCUCAUUUCUGCAGAUGAACGGGCCAGCUGUUUGGAGUGUGAUGGUUUGGUUGGAGGACUUCGUGACGACUCGUCCUUUUCCGGUACCGUCCGUCGCUCGCUCUCGGCUCCUCACCCGGUCACCCUGGAUCCUCUUUCUUCAGUGGCCUCAUGUGACUCCCAGUCUAAAUACCACUGUGACUUGGUGGCAAAGAAUGGCAGCGAAGUUUACCGCUACCCAAGCCCUCUUCACGCCGUGGCUGUCCAGAGCCCCGUCUUUAUACAGAUGUUGGGUCCAAUCAGAGACGACGGGUCUGUAAGAAGCGUUGAGGCUGGUGUUGAAGGACUGAAACUGGAGCCUUCCCCUCUUUCUGCUUCUGUUUCAGCUCCUCUUGUAUCUCAGAGCUCCUCUUGGCCGGCAACCUUUUCCUCCCAAACUCCUUCCCUUAAGCGCCUGGACAGCUAUAUCUUCAGUCUGCUUCAGCGGAGGGCCCUUCCCGUCAGGACCAGCAGACCCAGAACCAGCAUCAGCACUGACCCGUCAAAGAGCAUCCUGAGGCAGGCCAGUCUCUGUGUGAGGCAGGUGUCUGGGUUCGGUUUUGGGACUCUAAGGGGGUCUGAAUUCAGGCCCUCCUUGCCGGCUGGAGGCGCCUCAGCGGAAAGCUGGUCUCCUCAGAGGCAGUGGUCUGUGGAAAGUAAACCUGAGGAGGAAACGCAGAAUGUCUUCCCUGAAGUCAGCGUCGAAACGAUGCAAAAUGGCUUCAAGAUGAACAGUGACCUGGCAGAAAACCAGAACAGCUCUACUCAUAGUAUUUGCAUCCAAAAUGGCUCUUCUGUCACUCACAUUGAUACAAGCACUAACAGUCUGCUGAAACAGAAAAGCAAAGGACUUCUUCCUCCCUCAGCUGUUUCUACUCUGCCUAAAGACUUCAGGGAGCUGGGUAUUCCCAAAGCUAACUCCUCUCCCAAAGAAACCCAGCAGCCAUGUUACUUUCCCGACCAGGACCUGCUCCCUAAAUCGCCAGCAGUUAUUAAAACUUCUUCAGCUACUCCCAAGAACAGCCCAAAGCCUCUUCAAAACGUCCAGACGGAGAAGGUUGAAAGGUCAGAGGUAGCCUGUCUAGUUCCCUCCUCCCACAGUCAGGAUGAAGCGGAAGAAGAAGCAGGAGGAGGUCACAACGCUAAGUACUUUUCCAGCCAGGGUCAGAAUGUCAAGCACCGUAAGAGUAGCAGCAAGAAUGUCAAGAGUGUCAAGGUGAAGACCACCACCACCACGAUGAAGACGAGUCGGACCUCUGAACACAAUGAGCAUAAGUCAGAAAGAAGAGGUGAUAAAUCCCAUCACAGGUCUAAAAAGUACCGGCUGUUGGAAGACGGAGCGUCCAUCAACAUUAAAGUCUCUAAGAGGGCACCUGGCGGUUCUCAUGGGAUGAACUCCUCCAGGAUCAAACGCCUCCCUGCCUCCAUCCCAGAAGGCCGAGUUUUGGACAAACACGACACAUCCACUCUUGGCAGUGUGCGGUCAGGUGCAUCCAGACAUCAUGGUCACCACCAUCAUCAUCAUCAAGGACGGGACCAGGUUGCGGUGGUCGCCAAACCCAAACACAAACGGAACGAUUACCGGCGAUUACGUGCGAUCAUGGAGCUUCAGUACGACGAGGCGUUCAGGCGUGCUCAGCGACGUCAGAGAAAGGAGUUGUUGAACCAAUCCGCGGCCAAUGUUUACCUCCCCUCUGCUGGACAGGUGAGCAGCCCGUACUCCUAUGUGGCGAGAAGUGACUCUGAGUAUUCGGCCGAGUGUGCGUCGCUGUUUCACUCCACCAUCGUCGACACCAGUGAGGAUGAGAGGUCCAACUACACCACAAACCGCUUUGGAGACAGUGAGUCCAGUGAAGAGGAAUACAUCGAGGAGAGCACCACCACGAGUGACACUGAGGAGAGUGGAGGAGGUGGUGCAGGGGGGAUGGGAAGAGGGAGGAACCAGUUAGGAGCAACUGGGGCCAGGGUGGCGGGGCAGGAAAUGACUCCAGCUCAGGCAAAGGCCUUCGUCAAGAUCAAAGCUUCUCGAAACCUGAAGAAGAAGAUCUUGAGGUUCAGGUCGGGUUCUCUCAAACUCAUGACCACCGUUUGAGUCAGCAGCUGUUCAAAACCACACCCAUGUGACAAUUCACGGAAAGGCUAAACAAUUACAAAUUAAAGUGGUAUAAACAAACAAUAAUGGUACAACUAAAAAACGGGCUAUAUUGGAUUUCGGCUCCUACAUCUAGCAUACUUGAACCAAACCCAAUUGUGGAGCAGACCUGAUGGAAAAGCAGACUGUGGAUGGACAAGUGCUGCAUUUACAAAAUGGAAAAACACUUUUCUAUACUUACAUUUAAACCAUCGCCAAGCCUCUUUUGCCUGAGGGACUACGCCAAACUAGUAAUCAAUAUUUGUAAAAACUUGUGACCUUUUGUUUACGUCAACAAACAAGAAAACAAAAGUGCUUUUUUCUUAAUUUGCUCAUAUCCUGUUUAGCUUUUAAGAAGGUACAUUUGAUUCCUUCUAACACAGCCUUUACUGUUAACCAGUCGAGUCCAUCUGAACAACCCAGUAUUGUGGUAAUCGCAGGUGAGAGAUACGUUUCCUCUGUUGCCAUUUCUUCUUGUGUUCUUUGGUAUGAUUCCUAAAUGCAAAAAGGGAACACGGUUUGGUGUAUCCUUUAGUUUGUCAGUAACCUUGCAAAAGUUACAUAAGCUACUUGAUCUGCAACCACAUAGCCUUAUUAACUUCCUGUGUCUAAAUGUACCAUCAUGCAGAUCAUGUGGGGUUUCAGUUACCCACCCCUCAUACCACAGCACUGGGUUGUUCACAUAGUCUGUGGGUAAACACAAAUAACACCAAACAUCUGAAGGCGCCAAGUAGUGUGAACUUAUAAGUUCCCACAUCAAACAAAUCAACAUGGCAGCCAAAACAGUAAACAAGUAUCACUUACAUUAUCCUGCAUUCAGGAUUUAAGGAGCAUUAGAUGCUUUUGGGGAACUACAUAUUUUGAAAAAGGUGAAGGGUUGGUUUGGAGUUUUGGAUUUAGCCAAUUAAAUUGUCUGCCUUCACUUUCCUCCAUCUUUCCUGGCCAAACAAGGCCCUCAGCCGGGAUGACCCUGGCCCUCAGCCGGGGUGACCCUGGCCCCCUAAAGAAGAGAAAUCAAGGUUUUCUGUCUGCUUCAAACUGAGUAGUCUGCAGCCAGAGUAUUUUGUAUCUGUUGUCAAAGUUCCCUUCUACUGCUUCCCAAGGUUUCUUUGAUAUCUCCCCUGCAACAAAAUAUCCCAGUUCAGAAAUACUGGUAAGUUAUUGAGAUCUCUAAAAAAAAAAUGGUUUUGGAGAGCCCCCCAAGCCCGAGGGUUUUAUAGUCUUGAGGCCAUGAAAAUAGGCCAAAUAAUAAUAAUAGGGGGCCACACACUGAUCUCAUUUUUGGACAGUCCAAAAAGCUUUUUGGAACAAGCAUACUGAGGCUUAAUGUAAUAAGAGGGGCUGUAGUCAGGUUUUCAGAGAGUUUAUUGGAAAGUUGGAAAGUGAUUUUAGGGGGUCCCACAUGGUUCUCAAAACGUCUCCAGAAGGUUCUUCAGAAAGUUGUCCAGAAGGUUCUUCAGAAGGUUCUUCAGAUGUUCCUACUUCGUGUUGAGGUUGUUCCUUGCUACAGUUAUCUCCCUAUUUCCUGCACUUUGAGACAAACUGUCAGCAGACAGGACGACCGGUGUACCAUCGUUAAUCUGUCAUUUGUGUGUAGCUUUGUUUUGUAUUUAUUAUAACAUGAACUUUUCCCUUUGUUGUGGCGUACCUACACGGCACGCCAAACGUCUGUAAAUGCUUCUCUUUUUUUUCACAGUCAUGAUUUACGAUGUUAAUUUUUUGAUGAAAGCUAUUUAAAACCUAAUAUAUUUGCUUUAGGAUACCAGGCAUGGUACCGAAUGACAGCUGGCCAAACAGCAGUUUAUAUAACAUUUAUACACUAAAGAUGACACUUUCACCACUGUUGCCCACAUUUAUUAUGGUUUUGCAUUAUAACAAUUGUGGUAAAAUCUUCUAUGUCUGGUUGUGUGAGAAUCCUGCUUUCAGAUCAGUGAAAUGAACUGUUUCUCUGCAUAGGCUACUGACACCUAAUGUAAGCAAAAAUACCUCUUGGUUCGAAUGCCUUGGACAUACAUGUGGAUUGUUCCUACCUUUUUUUGUUUUUGUCAAUAUCAAAAUAUGUUUGUGGACAUUCAUAAAAUCUGCAACAAUAAAGUCAAUGAAAGACUGUCAAGACCUACAUUAUAGGUCAACUGGAUGUCAAAACCAACCUAACGUAGCCUGGUUUUAGCCAGUUUGAUGCCUUUUUACCAACACAAUGUUCAUAUAUCUUUUUAUAACAAUUUAUUUUAUAUAGCUUCCAUUAAGAGUAAAACAAAUUGUUUCAUAUCUCUCAAAUAAGACUCGGAUGUUUCAGAUAAAUAUCAUCUUUGUGUCUCCUAGAGAUCACUUCAGAAUGUGGUUAGCUUAGCUUAGCUAUACAACAGCUAGCUCAAUCAUAAUAUUAGGUGUUUUGUUAGGUGUUUGCAUAACUACAUGGGUUGGUGAAAAUAUAAGCCAAAUUAACAUCAGCUACCUACAACAUCUAGCAUAUGUUAUGAUAGCUGUUUCUAGCUAACGAGUGCAUACCAGAGUGUCCUUAGCCUAGAGGAGCUCAAACACUUAUAGCAGGGGGAAACUGUUAGCCUAGCUUCAUCAAAAGAGAAGGAAUCUAUCUUAUGAUUUACAUAUUAUUAAAAGGUUUAAAAAUAAAAAUGUGGAAUGUAGACACUGUGUUUUAAGCAGCAGUUAGCAUUGAAGCUAUUUGUUAAAUCUAUUUGUUGAAAUGUUAUCUAUCUGUGAGCUACUUCUUUAGCUAGCAAGCUAACAUGUUCAAUCUCCAACUGACAGUUUAAGGAUUAGCAUGGAAGUAAGGGAUAGGAGGUAUUUGAAAUAUAAUUGAACAGUCAAAUUAAAGUGUAUGAUGCAUUUAAAUUAACAUCAGCUAGCUUUUAGCUACAUGCUGUUUUUGUGACAUGACUUUAAUGCUUGGCGGUCCCAUUGUAUUUUGUGGUUUAAUAACUACACUUUAUGUCACUUUAAAAGAUCUUGUUAGGGUGACAUACGCUUGGGAACAAAGGACCUUGGGGCAUAAAUACACUCUGAUAUAGCUAAGCUAACAGUUCCCCUCUGCUUCCAGUCUUUGUGCUAAGCUAGGCUAAACAGGCAUAAAUAAAACUGAUAUCCAUCUUCUCAUCUGACUCUCCGAAUAGCAGAAAAAAAUAAAAUGCCACAGCUUUACAUAUAAAACUAGCAGCAAGCCCAUGCUAAUUUGCUUAAAGCUCUUUUAAGUCAUUGUUCACGUCUAUUUUGGUCCAGAGCUUACAUGUUCCAGAUAUAAACAACUUCAACAAAGCUUUAAAAAGCCACAGAAAGCUUCUUUCCAGCUGUCAUGUCCUGUCUCUUUGUUGUGAGCUAUUUUGAGCUUUUUAUGACUUGUGGAUUCUAUCUGUAAAAACUUUAUAUUUAAACCUUAACAGCCAAAAACCUUCAACCAAAAGUGAAACUUCACAGUCCUUGUGAGCUGUUACACACUGAUACUCCUGUAAAUGACCAUAUAUGCAACUGUAAAUGACUGUUACGGAUGUGAGUGUUUAUAUCAUUUCUCUGUAUGCCAAUACCGGUGCUUAACCUUUUUACGCUUCAUUAAAUGUGGACUUUGACAUUAA